GUCCAGAACAUGAAAGCUGGCGUCUUCCUUUUGUGGUGGGGAUGGGUUUGUGCCACUGAAAGCAGAGUGCACUGGCGAGGAGGAGAAGGCCAGGAGAUGUCUAAGAAAGGCAGCCCAGUUCUGAAACGAAGCCCUGACAUCACCAAAUCGCCACUGACAAAGUCAGAGCAGCUUCUGCGGAUAGAUGACCAUGACUUCAGCAUGAGGCCCGGCUUCGGAGGUCCGGCCAUUCCUGUUGGCGUGGAUGUGCAGGUGGAAAGCUUGGACAGCAUCUCAGAAGUCGAUAUGGACUUCACCAUGACCCUCUACCUGAGGCACUAUUGGAAGGACGAGAGGCUGUCCUUCCCCAGCACCAACAACCUCAGCAUGACGUUUGACGGGCGGCUGGUGAAGAAGAUCUGGGUCCCCGACAUGUUUUUUGUGCACUCCAAGCGCUCCUUCAUCCACGACACCACCACGGAGAACGUCAUGCUGCGGGUCCAGCCCGACGGGACGGUGCUCUACAGCCUCAGGGUUACAGUGACCGCCAUGUGCAAUAUGGACUUCAGCCGAUUUCCCCUGGACACACAAACCUGCUCGCUUGAAAUUGAAAGCUAUGCUUAUACAGAAGAUGACCUGAUGCUGUACUGGAAAAAAGGCAAUGACUCAUUAAAGACAGAUGAGCGAAUCUCACUCUCCCAGUUCCUCAUUCAAGAAUUCCACACCACCACUAAGCUGGCCUUCUACAGCAGCACAGGCUGGUACAACCGUCUGUACAUUAACUUCACGUUGCGUCGCCACAUCUUCUUCUUCUUGCUCCAAACUUACUUCCCUGCCACCCUGAUGGUCAUGCUGUCCUGGGUUUCCUUCUGGAUCGACCGCAGAGCUGUGCCUGCCAGAGUCCCCUUAGGUAUCACCACAGUGCUGACCAUGUCCACCAUCAUCACGGGCGUGAACGCCUCCAUGCCCCGUGUCUCCUACAUCAAGGCCGUGGACAUCUACCUCUGGGUCAGCUUUGUGUUCGUGUUCCUCUCGGUGCUGGAGUACGCGGCCGUCAACUACCUGACCACCGUGCAGGAGCGGAAGGAGCGGAAGCUGCGGGAGAAGCUUCCCUGCACCCGUGGACUACCUCAGCCGCGCGCUGUCAGGCUGGAUAGCAGCUAUAGCGACGUGGAGGUGAAUGACCUGGGCAACUACACGCCAGAGAAUGGCGAGAAGCCAGACAGGAUGAUGGUGCAGCUCACCCUGGCCUCCGAGAGGAGCUCCCCGCAGAGGAAAAGUCGGAGGAACAGCUACGUGAGCAUGAGGAUCGACACCCACGCCAUCGAUAAAUACUCCAGGAUCAUCUUUCCAGCAGCGUACAUUUUAUUCAAUUUAAUAUACUGGUCAAUUUUCUCAUAGAUGCCUGUAAUUCUAUAAAUUUCAUUCUUUUGUGUGUGCUACAGAAAUAUCUGUAUGAUAAAAAGGUUAUGAAAAAAAAAAGUUCCCAGUACCUACCCUUGUCCAAAACUACCUUGACAAGAGACUUCCUGGUUUAAUUUGCACUUAUGAACCAUCUAUUGUACACACAGAAUGAUUCUAGGUGCUGCAUAAAUACAAUACCCAUAGAAACUGAAGACAGUUGUUACUGGACUGGAAUCUCCUGGAAAUACACUGACAGGCUGUGGGCACACGGUAGUUCAACCUCUUUUAGACCCUAAACGCUUAUUCACAGGAAUGAUUUCCUUUGUGUUACAUUCUUUGGACGAGGUGCACUUGGACUACAUCUGAAGUUCAUUUGUAUGAAACAUACAUGCACCUACAAGUCCCCACUUUGACCAAAAUUCAUGCUUCCGUUUAUAGCCUACUGCCUAUUUUUAGUGUAUUGCCUCAUGUUUAUUUCACUACAAGGCAAUAAUGAUAUUCCUAUUUGCAUUUACAUCUUGUGGAUCAUGAAGUUUCACCUCUUCACGAGAAAAGCUCUUUUGAUGGUGCAAUUGCUUUGAUUUUGGUAGGUAUUUCCCUGGUCGGGAUACUUUGAGGAUAAGGGGCAUGCAUGGCAUUUUGUCAGUUUUGUGGUAGCAAUAACUAGUGUUUAAGUGUUUCCUGUCUUAUAAUUACUGCUUCAUGUAUCUCUACCAUGGAGCAUGUCCUAGUUCAAAGUCCUUCCUUGGGAAUAUCUUUACUGAGGAACUUGGGAAUAGACUGAUUUUUUUCCCGUAUAAACACUUGAAGAAAAUGCAUAGUUUGGGACUACCUGUAACUUAUUAGGAUGAGAAACACUCACAUGGUUUCGGAAGAGAAAAAGAACACCAAAAAGCAAAGUAAAUGGGAAGACAUCACUGGACA